AUCCAGCCCCGCCCCGCGCUCUCUCGCUCUCGCAGCCGCUCCUGAGGAUCACCCGCCGGGAUCAGACUCGGGAGAGGCGACGAUGGCGGCGGCAGCAGCUGACAGAGGUGUCCGGGGGAGCGCUCUCCCUCCGGACCCGGACACCGCCGCAGGCUCCGGGGCUGCGGGGGAGCAGGACGGCCGCGUCCCGGUGCCGAUGAACUUGUUUGCGACCUGGGAGAUCGACCGGUCCUCCCCGAGCUGCGUGCCCAGGUAAGAGGAUUAAUGUCCGGGGAGAGGAGUCAGAGGAGCUGCCCACUGCGAUCACGGACCUCCACCGUCAAACAUCCCGAAAUUCAUUUUUUAUUUCCGUGACAUGAUGAGGGAGAGCAGCGUGACUGUUACAUCACCCAGCCUGAACUACGAUGGUUAUUAUUAUUAUUAUAGUUUUAUUUAUCAUCCAUGUCCUUCUGUGUUUCUGUGAUCAGCCUGGUUACAGAUUAAAAACAGUCAGAUCAGUCUGGAGGGUCUGGGGGUUUGGGGGCAACAGGAUAAAUGAGCAAAAAUCAGAGUGAGCAGGAUUUUAUCAUCCAUUUUACUCAGCUGUAGUCAGCUACUUCUACUACUAUCUACUACUGACUUACUACUAGUCAGCCCCAUGAAAACUCAUCACAACCAUCAGCUCUAGUCUAUAUAUAUUCUUGUAUUUUUCAUGAGUCUGGGGGUCAAAAGGUCUUGGACCACGUCUGGAUUAAUACUGGAGUCUGUUUGGGUCCUGGAUGUUUGUGUAAAUGUGAAAACACAGAAUCAUUUCCCCCUUUAUUCUACAGCCGUGUUCAGAUCAAACAGUUCAGUCUAGUUUGGUACAAAUUUAUGUUGCAGCCAAAAGUUGGGAAGUGACCGAGAUAACAGAUCCAUACUGGCCAUUGAUUGGUUGAUUCAUCACGUUUACAUCCAUAGUUCAAUGCUCAGUUAAGCGAUUUAACUGGACUGUUGUCCUUUCCCAGUCUGCUGGCACCAGGCAAGAAUCUGCUGACUGUAGUGUGUCCUUCGCCACACCAGGGCGACGUUCACCCUGCAGGUCAAUUCUGAUGUUUUAACCAUCUGUGACUCAUAUCUGAUGUUUUCAUCUAAGUGUGAACAGGUCAGUUCUGAUUGGUUCUGAUCCGACCCAGGCCUCUUCUGUAUGUGGAUAUAAAUCAGAUAUGUAUCUGAUGUGACUGCAGUGUGGACGCUCAGGUCGCGUUCAUCCGACCUUUACGUCAUCAAUAUGAGACAAACGUCACCAUUGUUCGACGACACAAACAGGCGCAAAAAGCAGUUUGUGUUUUGUUGCAUGUGGGUCACUUCACAGAUGCAUUCGUUGUUGUAACGUGAACAACCGCACAAAAAGAUCGGAUUGAACAAAAAUUCCGAACUGUGCAUCAGAACCUGCAGUGUGAACGUCGCCUCGGUGGCGAUAUGCCUCCUUCCGCCUCGUGACUAUCGUGCCGUCUCCUGGUUAACCAGUACAUUACAUGCCAAAACAAUCGACACACCAAACAAUGCAAACACCAAUAAAGGUUAUAAGUUUGUUAUUGUUUGUAGCACAAGCUAACAUUAACGAAGUAAUAUUAAUCAAAGCUAACAUUCUGUAUGUACGAUGGAGUUAUGUAAGAUUUCUUUAGUCGUUUUCUUACUAGAAUAAAUUCGCCGUGUUAAAGUCAUAAAGUUAUCGUGGAUGACUCCUUUCUGGGAUUCUCUUUUUACAUUUAUUUUUAAUGAUUUUUAACGACACAGUUUCUGACUAUCAGAGUUGAUUUGAUUCAUUUGUGGGUUCGAGCUGCUUUUAGUUUUAAUUUUUCUAAUUUUGACAUCAAACGGAAAGGAAAAGCAACAUUCAAACAUUUAAACGCUAGUCAGCAUGUGUCGCUGAUGUGAAGACAGAUGAACUACGACUCCCAUGAUGCUUAGAGAGCGCAGCCAGCACUGUAAUCUGACCUCCACUUCACGUGAAUUAGCAGCUUCAUUACUCUGCAGUGGGAUUAAGAGCACAGACACUAACCCAGACAUGACGUCACUGAUGACGCCACAACACAGCAGCCAAUCAGAACACGACAUUAACAGUGACCACAUUCAAUAAAAGGCUAAAUGACAUGAACGUGGACCAUCAUCAUUAAAAAAAUGAAGAAAAUAAAAAACAUCUUUUCCCUCUGACCUCCCCACCUGUCUGCUACCAUGGAGAUUAUUCAACCAUGUGGGGGUUAAGGAGCUCGUCCAAUCAGAGUUAAUCUUCUUAAUGACUCAGUAAACACUACACAACCUGUUUGAGCCCACAGAGAUCACAGCGGGGUGAGAAAUCCAUUAAGAGUGAAGCAUCCAAAUGUUUUAUAUAUAUCUCUUAUUCUUGAUCAUUUCAAUGUUUUUAUUACUUUGAGCACAAACGUUCCACAUGGAUCCAGUUUACAACCACAGCAGUUAAUCUAGUCUCACUCCAUUUAUUAUUAUUAUUAUUAUUAUUAUUAUUGUUAUUACCUUAUAUUCAGACCUUUGAUAUAGUCGGCUUUUAAUCAAUAUUUCAAAAACUUUUGCUUUUUGGUGAACCUGUUUUACUACCUGUUUUAAAUUAUCUUGUAUUUAAAAUCUAACUACAAUUUAUCUACCACAAUUGAUGCAGCUAAAUAUUGUAAUUAAGUAAUAACAUAUUAUUAUUAUUAUUAUUUUUAUUAUUUUUUUUAUUAUUAUUAUUAUUAUUAUUAUUAUUAUUAUUAUUAUUAUAGCAGUGAAGUUAAUUGUUGAGAAAAACUCCCAGAAUGCUGUCCGACUUCUGCGUUCCCCUGCUGGCCUCGCUCAGGUGAGGAGCGGGCAUUAGCAGGUAUUAAGGUUAGUGUUAGCCUCGCUCUUGGCUGACAGGAAGUUAAAAUGGAUGAGUCACAGCGUGAUCCUUCAAUAAUGAGAUCUCUGGAGGGACAGGUCACCAGUCUGAGAACUCGCUGGUGUGAAGUCAUGUGACUCUGAGAAAAGGAUUUAUCAGGUGGGAGCAGAGAGACCGAUCGUCUGUGAUUUCUGACUUUUCUUGAAAGUAACGGCAGCAGGUCAAAGUUUUCUCAAGGUGUCACUAAAGGUGACAUAAUUUUAAAGAAAGAAAGAAAACAACAACAAAUAACUUUCAGAUUUUAUCACUGUCUUUCGUAUUCCCUUUGUAAGGGAAGCUGUGAAUUCCUGAAAGAAGACAAGGCCUAAAACAGUCUGAGUCUAUUCUAGUCUGAGCCUAUAACAGUCUGAGCCUAAAACAGUCUGGGCAAUGAUGGUUCUGAUCUGGGCCUAAAACAGUCCGAGCCUAAAACAGUCUGAGCCUAUACUAGUCUAAGUCUAUACUAGUCUGAGUCUAUAACAGUCUGAGCCUAAAACAGUCUGAGUCUAUUCUAGUCCGAGCCUAAAACAGUCUGAGUCUAUACUAGUCUGAGUCUAUACUAGUCUGAGCCUAAAACAGUCUGAGUCUAUACUAGUCUAAGUCUAUACUAGUCUGAGCCUAUAACAGUCCGAGCCUAAAACAGUCUGAGCCUAUACUAGUCUGAGCCUAUAACAGUCCGAGCCUAAAACAGUCUGAGUCUAUACUAGUCUGAGUCUAUACUAGUCUGAGCCUAAAACAGUCUGAGUCUAUACUAGUCUGAGCCUAUAACAGUCCGAGCCUAAAACAGUCUGAGCCUAUACUAGUCUGAGUCUAUAACGGUCUGAGCCCAAAACAGUCUGAGUCUAUAGUAGUCUAAGUCUAUUCUAGUCUGAGCCUAUAACAGUCUGAGCCUAUAACAGUCUGAGUCUAUACUAGUCUGAGUCUAUACUAGUCUAAGUCUAUAACAGUCUGAGUCUAUACUAGUCUGAGUCUAUACUAGUCUGAGUCUAUACUAGUCUGAGUCUAUACUAGUCUGAGUCUAUACUAGUCUGAGUCUAUACUAGUCUGAGUCUAUACUAGUCUGAGCCUAUAACAGUCUGAGUCUAUACUAGUCUAAGUCUAUACUAGUCUGAGUCUAUACUAGUCUGAGUCUAUAUUAGUCUGAGUCUAUACUAGUCUAAGUCUAUACUAGUCUGAGUCUAUACUAGUCUAAGUCUAUCCUAGUCUGAGUCUAUACUAGUCUGAGGUUGUUCACUUUUUGGACCCUGACUUUCAAAUUAAAGGACAGAGGCCUGAACACUGGAGGCUCCACCUGUGGAGACCUACUGAACCUCCAGCUCGUCUGAAUGUUCUCACACUCUGUGACCUUCAGUCGUGUCAGUCCAUCAAGAUCUCUGAUGGUCAGAAGAAGGACUUCAGUCCUGUCCUCGGUUUGUUAAAAAGACUCUCAGGUCCUCCGAUCAAAGAUCCAGAGUUCCCACAGUCGGGUGUGUUUUCUGUUUUCUGUCUCCAGGCUGUGCAGUCUGACUCUGAAGAGGCUGAUGGUUCUGAGGGAGCUCGAUCGAGAGCUCAGCUCUGUCGUCAUCGCUGUGAAGAUCCAGGUGAGGACCUUUUCUCACCUGUCUGUCAAACACUGAGCAGACUGUCUGUUUGAUCCGGUUCCUGCUGUCCUCCUUUCAGACAGACCUAAAGCUUAUCUAACACCUCAGACAGCAUGACUGUGAUCUGAUCUGAUGUGUGUUUGUCUCGGCGUCUCUCAGGGCUCCAAGCGGACUCUGAGAUCGAAUGAGUACCUCCUUCCUCCGGACGGUCUGAUGGAGACAGACCUGGAACUCACCUUCUCCCUGCAGGUCUCACAGAUGAAAUUCACUCUUUACAAAAUCCUCUCUCGUGUCCAUCAGUCGUCCGCUCUGCACGUCAUCAGCAGGACUCCAUCAUGUCCUCAUUGAAGCCGAUGUUGGUCUCUGUCUUGUCUUCUAGUACCCUCACUUCUUGAAGAGGGACGUCAACUGUCUUCACGUGAUGCUGCAGAGGAGGAAGAGGUACAAGAACAGAACCAUCCUGGGCUACAAGACGCUGGCGGUGGGAGUCAUCAACAUGGCCGAGGUAUGUGUGGAUCAGCAGAGUCUCAGCUGUCUCUGUGAAGUCUCAGUUUCAUUGUAAACAGUGAGUAACAAGGCGGCUUCACUGUUGCUAAAUGAAGCUGUAUAAACCUGGUGGGUCCCAGUUUCACUGUAAAUACCAAGUUACGCAGAAUCUUCAGAGGGAUCGAAUGGGUCCAGGUUUCUUUGUAAAUAUCAGUUUACUCCGAGGUUUCACCCUACCUCCCAAUUCUUCUGUCUGUGGUGAGUCUCAGUUUCAUUGUAAACAGUGAGUAACAAGGCGGCUUUACUCUAGCCAAAUGAAGCUGUAUAAACCUGAUGAGUCCCAGUUUCACUGUAAAGAGUAAGACAAACAGACUUGAGUCUGGUGUGGUACAAAACUUGAUAUUUAGGUUUCACUGUUAAUUGUCAGCUUCAUAGGGGAUUCGUUUUGCCCUAAGGUAAACAGUUUGUGAGUCCCAGUUUCACUGUAAAUAGUAAGUUUGGCAGAAUCUUCAUGUUUCUUUAACCUAGCAGUCAGAUCGAUUGGGUCCAGGUUUCUUUGUAAAUAUCAGUUUCCUCAGAUGUUUCACCCUACCUCCUAAUCCUUCUGUCUGUGGUGAGUCUCAGUUUCACUGUAAAUAGUUCCUCAGCGGCUUCACUCUGGCUUCCUCCAGCAGUAUGACCCUGAAACAGAAGCUGAUGUUCUGUGAUUUCCUCUCAUAAACGAGUCUUCAGUUUGCUGAAAUAACAACAUCAUGAUUCAGAUCAGUCAAAGGUCAAAGGCCAAGCUUUGUGGGCUCUGGGGUCAGGUCUAGAGUCGGCAGAUGAGUGUCUCAGUAUAGAUGUUUGAUCUAGAAGACACCAUCAUGCAGAAAUCCUCCUCAGAUGACCUGUUGGAGCUGGGCUGUCUUUGGUAGAUCGUGGUCGUCUCGCUCAGACAUGGACAGAAUCAUUGAGAACAAACUUCUAAACCGUCUCUGUGUGGGUGGAUCUGUGGGUGUGUCUGUGUGUCUGUGUGUGUAUCUGUGUGUCUGUGUGUGUCCCGUCUCAGGUGCUGCAGCAUCCAACAGACAGAGCCCACAUCCUUGGUCUCCAUAGCAACCUGAAGGAUGCCUCGCUGCGCGCGGCAGAGCUGAGCGUCCUCUCUCUCUCUAGCCAGCCUAUCGAGCAGGAGGACACAAGCGGUCACCAUGGCAACAAGACCAAGGCCUCAGGUAGAUGAACAACGAAGAUGACCUUCUGUUUGUUUGAGAGCAUCAGGUGCUCGUUACACGCUGGCUCCUGAUUGGUCCAAAACAAGCACACAUGAGCUCCUUGGACAUUCGACUUGAUGAAAAACAGCGUGUUUGUUCUCGGCUGUUUCCUCCGAACGCCGACACGGGAGACGAGCGAGAGACACAAAACAGCCGCAGAGAGACACAGACACUUUAAACCAACGUGGCUCUGAUAAUCUGUCUGAGAUUAUUACCAGGUUUAAGAUCGUUUCAGAUGAAAUCAUUGAAGGUUCUUUUGAAGGUCAUCAAAAACACACUCAGAUAAUCCAGAGAGAUUUAAAAUCAACCUAAAAUGAUUUAAAUUCACACAAAACACUCAGAUUAUUCCAAACUCCUCUGGAUUAUUUCAGGUCGAUUUAGAUUAUCUAAUUUUUUCAGAUAAUUUGAGAUUAGCUCUGAUUAUUUUAGGUCAUUUCUAGAUAUUUCUGAGUGUUUCAGAUUAUUUAAAAUCAUUUCAGGUUUAAAUCAGUUCAGGUUGUUUGGAUUAAAACAAACAUUUCAGAUUAUUUCUAAUAAUUUCAGGGUGUUUUGAGUUAUUUGAAGUCAUGUCAGUUUUUUAAAUUUAAUUAGAAUAAUUCCAGAUUAUCAUAGAUUGAUUCGCACUGUGUCAGAUUAUGUUUUUUUUCAGCUAAUUCAGAUUAUGAUGGAUUAUGUCUAAUUAUUUCAGAUCUGAUCAUAUUAUUUUAAAUCAUUUUAGAUUUUUAAAUGAAGUUAUUUCAGUUUUUAUGAGGUUCCUUCAGAUUAUUUCAGAUUAUUUUCUCUUUAAUUUAGUUUUAGAUGAAUUUAUGUUGAGUUUUGAUGGUUAACAUCAGCAGCCGUUCAUUAUUGACCACAGUUCAUGUGUCGUGUGUCUUUAUCAGAUCGCUCACAUGACAUGGAAAACUACUCAGAGGACGAUGACGACAGCUUCUCGUCUGAGCAGGAGGGAAGUGACGACGCCGUCCAGCCUCAGGUGAUUGAUCAGCUGACUUCACACACCUUAAUACAGUAUCAGAUCAUGAUCUCUAUGACGUCCUCGUCCCUUUAGGACAGAGAAAUCCACUCAUUCUUUCACACUCAGGAACUUUAGUCUGAAACUGUUGACCUGUUCGCUCACGCAGUCUCUCACUGAGUCCUGACCCUCCUCCAUUUUUCCUUCUGAGAGACUCCGCCCCUCUUAACUUCUGUCUUAGACCUCAUCGAGUUACUGACCUGUUGGACAUUCACCUGGUUAAUUGGAGAUGUUCCCACAGCUGUUACUCAGUUAUUCACCUGUCUGGUUGUUCCUCUAACAUCUUUUUUAAAGGUCUUCUUCUUUUCCAGGACAUCUAUGAUGAUGACGAAGAUGUCCAGAGGAAGACGAAGAAGUUUCACAGGAAAAUGAUCCGAGCCACCUCUCUGACCCAGGUGAGCGGUUUUCCCAUCAGCCUUUGUUCUAUGGGUCGUCUCCUGUAUUUGUCAGGACAGAUGUUGUUUUUAGUCUCCUGAGGUCAAACACUGAGGGUCAACGCUGAAUUCAUUCUGAUUGAUUGAAUUUAUUUGUUUUGAACAUGUUUCCAAAGAAAUAAAAUAAAUAGAAAGAUGCCAAUAAAUGAAGUAAUGAUCCACCGUCAGUGUUUGAAUAAUAACUUUAAUGUGGAGAGACGAUGUUUUUGUGACUCUCUCACUUGUUUUCUCUUUUUGCAGCAGCCGAACUUCAAACAGAAGUUUGUCGCUCUGCUGAGAAGAUUUAAAGUCACCGAUGAGGUUUGUACUCAGCCUUCAAUUCCCAGCAAUGUGUCAGAGUCUAAACCUGCAUUCUCUCUAAAGUCCAGCAGGGGGCAGCUGUCAGCUGGCUGAAGUCAAAAGUAUAGGGUAGCUUUAACUGUUUCCAGUGUCACGACUGACAGCCUGAUCACACUGAAGAGCUUCUCUGUCGCCACCUGCUGGUGAUUUUGUGUCCUCCAGGUCCUGGACUCGGAGCAGGUGGGUCAGAGUCAGGAGGUGGAGGAGGACCUGGAUCUCCUCUAUGACAGUCUGGAGGUUUACAACCAGAGCGACAGCGGCCCUGAGCUGGACGAUAACGACAGCAUCGUGAGCACGCCCAAACCCAAACUCAGGUCGGACAUACACACACACACACACACACACACACACAUGUUACCACAGUCUAGAAUAUACAGGAAAAGUGUCUCUAAUUGACCAAAACUUAAAGGAAAUAUUUACGAUAAAAUAGAAAGUUUCUAAUUAUUGAGAAAAAAGUCGUAAAUUUGAUCAGAUAAAAUCGUAAAUUUGCAAUAAAAAAAUUAAAUUUACAUCUAUUGUAAUUUUCAGACAUUUAAGUUUGUAUUUUAAUGCACAAAAAGAUGUUUUAUUUUACGGUUUAGUCGAUUUUUUUUAAAUGUUCAUAUUAAAAAGAAAAAAAAAUAUAUUUUACAAAAAAAGGAUAAAAGUUGUAAAUGUAAGAAAUUAAACCGUCAAUAAAUGACGUGAAAGUGGUAAAUUUACACAAACAACAACAACAUUAUCACAAGAACAAAGUUUCAAAUUUAUUCAUAAAAUGUGUAAAUGUGUUUUUAAUUUUAUAGAUUCAUCACAAAUAGAAGUUAAAAUAUCUGAUAUAUCAGAGAAAAAGGAUCAAAUUUCAAGAAAUACAAAGUUCAAUAAGGGACCAAAGACGUUCGUUUAUGACAAUCAAGUUUUAAAUUUAAUAUCUGAAGUUGUUUAUUUUUGGAAAAACUGACAAACUUUGAGGAAAAGUGAUUCUAACAGGAAAAAGGUGUUAAAGGAAAGUUUGAGCAGAAAUGAGAUUGAAGUCGUUGCUGAACUAACAUGUGGAGUUCUCAGAGGACGACACUCUGAACAUUCUGAGUCUUUUCUCAAAAACACAUUUAUUCUCCUUAUUCUCAUAAACCCGUUCUUUGUCUAACUCUUCUCUUGAAAUCGUUUCUGUCUCCAUAAAGCGGCUCCUCCGCUCUUCGCCCUGAAAUGAAGGUUUUUUUGGUUGAUUUCAGAUGAAGUUCUGGUGUGAAAAGCCGCUCUUGUCCCGGUUGUAACUGUGAAGUCUCUCGUCUCUGUGCUGUGAAUCUUUCUUCAGGCCGUUCUUCGAGGAGAGCUCUCAGACUGAGACCAGGAGUGACAACAGUCAGAACCAGCAGAGGGAACAAAACGCCGCUGUGAGUAAAACCGCCGAACGCUCCGAAUCUGUGCGACUGAAAACAGACGAGACCGAACAGGAGGACAGCAGAAACAACAUGACAGGAGGAAGAAAAUCUGUCCAGGACUCAUAUUUAUAACUGAUGUCGGAGGCAUGGAGAGAUGUGUCUGCUGUCUCACUCUGCUGCCCUCUAGAGGCCACUCUUUCUAACGGCGUCUCUCUGUUUGGACUCUCAGGCUGCAGAGCUGCUGUCUCCUGGAGGUCAGGGGCCUCAUUUCCCCGAGGAGUCCAGAGGAGACGAGGCCGGCCCCGGGGUGAGACUGAAAACUCACCUUCAAACGGUCUUCAGAUGUUUCUGGAGUCUCCAAAUAAAGACUCUUCAUUUUUCUCUCCGCAGGAAGUGGAGGAGGAUGUUGCCAUGGGAGCAGAUGCAGGACCAGCUGCCAAACUCUGCAAAACAGAGUCUCAAACACACAUUUCACCCAGGUACACACACACACACACACACACACACACACACACACACACACACACACACACACAUAUUUCACCCAGGUACACACACACACACACACACACACACACACACAUACAUACACACACACACACACACACAGUCACCUGAGUGCAGCGUUGGACAGGGAGUCAGCUGUCUGUCUGUCUGUCUGUCUGUCUGUGUGUCCCUCUGCAGUAAGACAGGUAGUCAGCUGUCCCGCCAUCACUGGAGCGGCUCCAUGAAGGACAGACAGAACUCCAGAGGGACAGACCGGACCAGCAGUGUGGAGAGUGAGACGUCUUAUGACUACAGGAUACCUCCUCCACAGGUGAGUGAGACAGACACGGGAGUUCCUCAGUCAGAGGAGGAACAUCCAAACACCUGGUCCUGGUCCUGGUCCUGGUCCCGGUCCUGGUUUAGGUUCAGGUGUCUGAUGUGUGUUUGUGAUUCAUCAGGUUGCGAGGAAGUCUGUCCUGGAUCAGCUGAACCACAUCCUGUUCUCUGACGAUCAGAUCCCUGAUUCCAUCAUCCUGAUCAACACCACAGACUGGCAGGGACAGGUCUUCAUAAACUUUAUUAUAUUAUAUACUUUAUUAUUUAUAAACUGAUCAUUUUGAUGAUCUCAUCGUUCAUAUCAUCAGUGUUAUUGUUAAUAAUUUACCCUCCCCCUCCCUCACCUCGGGUCUCUCUCUCUCUCUCUCUCUUCAGUACCUGUCGGAGCUUCUGUUCGAUCAGCCAAUCGUGUGCACCAUCUCAUCAGCUGACGUCCAGGUGGCCUUCAGCGCCAUCCUGAGCCGGAUUCAGAGAUUGUAAGAGUCAUGUGAUCAGUUCUUUACCUCAUCAGUGUGUGUAGCAGAUACACGUCUCCCUGCUGCAGACGGGAGUCACUCUGUAUUUACUGUAACCAUGGAAACAGAUGGAGGCCAUAUUGAUUUAACAUCCUUUAAUAUUCCUGAUGACACUGAGCAUGCUCAGUUUGACUCAGUUUUUUUUCUUUACCAAAGUAAGAAGACGCUGCAGCGUAAUUCAAACUCAUCUCAGACUGAACAUGUAGUAAAAUAGUUUUUGUUUUCAUGUCGCAGUCAGACCUGAAAUAUUCUGAAUUUAGACUUUUGGAAAAUGAGCGUGUUGUUAUGUCAGUGAUGAUAAAACAGUCCACUCUGUGCAUCGUCUUUAAAUCACAGAGAAAUGUUGUUUUAUGUCUCUGCUGUGCUGAAGGCUGGAUAUGUAAAGAACUGAAAAUACUGUAAAACUGAGACUCUUAGAAGACUGCUUUGGCAGAUUUGAGAGUCAGACUCGUUGAGGACAUAUAUAGUAAAACUGAGACUUAUAAAGAAUGAUACAGUAAAACUGAGACUCAUUAAAGACAGAUACAGUGAAACUGAGACUCAGUAAGAGAGAGAGACAGUAAAACUGAGACUUUUAAAAGACAAAUACAGUGAGGCUGACACUUAUUAAAGACAGUAACGUUAAAACUGAGACAUAUCAAAAACAGAUACAGUGAAACUGAGACUCUGUGGAGACAGAUAAAGCAGAUUUCAGACUCAGUGUAGAAAAAACUGUUAAACCCAGACAUGUUGGAGACAGAUACAGUAAAACUGGGACUUAGAGAUAGAUUCAGAGGAACUGAGAUGAAGUGAAUCAAAAACCCCAGAUUCUACACUUAAUGUAGAAAUAACAGUAAACAGAUGUGUUAGAGAGAGCUACAGCGAAACUGAGACUCCUGUAGAAACAUGAACACCUGCUCCUCAGCUGAAACAGACGGCUGUCAGACCCGGUUCAUAGAGGAGGAGCUGAUGGAGGGCGGAGUUAGUUUGACUGAAGGCUCAGUCAUCUCACUCAUCCAUUUCAUGUUCCCUCUAGCUGUAACUGUAACUCCCAGACCCCGCCCACAGUGAAGGUGGCGGUGGGCGGGGAUCAGAGCUACCUCAGCACCGCCCUCUGCUGCUUCGUCGAGCAGCUGGCCAGCAAGACACCUGAUUGGCUGAACUACCUCCGCUUCCUCAUCAUUCCAGUUGGUAAGCACACACUCAAACGCACACGCUUACACGACCCAUCCACAGAGCUGAACGUGAACCUUCCCAUGAUGCUCUUGUUCUUAUGACCUCACCAGGAGUCCACCCUCUUGCCAAGUACCUGGCUGCCCUGGAUAACAGAUUCAACAGCCUGUUCAUGGACGCCGGCUGGAGGGAACUAUUCGCACGGGUGGAGCCGCCUCCUCUCGGUACUUUCACCCCCUGAAGUUAGACGGAUAACAGAACAAACGUAGAAACUCUGUGACGUGUUCUUGUGUGUCGGUGUUUCCAUCAGACCCGGUUGGUGUUGCGGGUCGAGUGUCUCAGUACCUGAGUGGAGCGGCUGUUUCCCACCUGUGCCCAAUCUCAGAGGCCAUGCUCACCUGCAAACACAAGAGGUGAUUCACUUGUGCGAGUGAUUUUAUCCGACGCAGCAUUACUCUUCAGUUUUUGAGGUUUAUUAUCUCCUCUUCCUCUCCCCUGACGUUUGUCUAAAAGGUCCGAUCACCUUUCCUCCUCACACAGGACUCACUUUCUGCCUCUGAUAUCUUAGUAAUGUUUCAUCUGUACUAACGAUCCUGACAGCAGCUGAUCGUGGUGCUUUUGUAGGAAACAAGUAGGAGGUUUUUUUCCGGUUAUAUAACUCUUUGAAUCACACCUGAGCUGUCACAUGUUCUCCUCCGCUGCUCUUUGAGUCCAACAAAACUCUGAUUUUAUUUUCCAGCCCUGACGACGACUCCUGUCAGAAGUUUGUUCCUUUUAUCGGGGUAAGAAAUCCUGUCAGCUACUGAAUUAACUCCUUCAGCGAAUGUGACGCUUCGUAAGAGUCGAGAAAAAAACAUGUUUGUGACGAUUUCAGGAGUUCAUUGAAAAUAAAGUAACAAAACAUCUAUAAAUGUGUUGAAUUCUGCUUCAAGUUCAGACAUUUUAACAUGGGGCUCUAUGGAGACUGACUCACCUUAGGAAACAGCCUCUAGUGGUCACUACAGGAACUGCAGCAGCGUUUAUAUGACAGAAUAAGAAAACGUCUAAUGUUCUUCUGUUUUCAGCUGGUGAAGGUCGGCGUCGUGGAGCAGAACUUCCUGUCAACCUCAGGUAGAUCAAACUCACCUGGUACCUGUUAGGCUCCUCCCCUUAACAUCUGUUACCUGUUAGGCUCCUCCCCUUAACAUAUCUAACAGGACACAUUAUUGCUCUCUGUAGUUGACUCUGAUGACAUCAUACUGGGAUCUCCGCCCUCCCAGUCUGGACCAAUCAGCAUCACCUCCACACCCCCUCCCUCCCCCUCUAUCAGGUACUUCCUGUUCACAUCGCCCUUCAAAAUAAAAGCUGUUCCUCUCUGAUAAGAGCGAUGACUUUGUUCUUGUUCAUCUCUGAGCAGCUGUCCGACGGAGGUGAUGGGUCUGCAGGUGGACUACUGGAGCAGUCAAGGAGGAGGAGGAGGUGGAGGAGGUGGAGGAGAGAGGAGGAAGGAGGCGGGGAUGAAGAACACUCUGAAGAGUAACUUCAGGGCUCUGCAGGUGUCGAGGAUCAGCGGGGGCGAGCUGAUGAGCAUGACGGUGGUGACCAAAGAGAAGAACAAGAAAGGUGAGGAAGAGGAGGUCUGGAGGAGCGACGAUGAUGAUGAUGAUGGUGAAGGUGACACUGAUGGAGGUGUGCCUGUCAGUUAUGUUUCUCAGUAAGAAGACGAAGGAGAAGGAGGCGGAGUCCAGGAGUCAGGUGAUCGAAGGAAUCAGCCGCCUGAUCUGCACCUCCAAACACCAGCACACGCUGAGAGGUACGAGACGCAGACCGUCCUCCUGUUGUAGGCAAGACCGCACCGACAGAGACCGAGACAAGACAGAGACUAGACCGAGACCGAGACAAGACCGAGACCAACACAUGACCGAGACCAGAGAGGACAGAGAGGACCGAGACCGAGACAAGACCGAGACAUGACCGAGACCGAGACAAGACAGAGACCAAGACCGAGACCAGACAAGACCGGGACCAGAGAGAACCGAGACCAGAGAGGACCGAGACUGAGACAAGACCGAUUGAAAAUGUCUUCGAUUCCAAGACGACACCAAGACCCUCAAAAAAUGGCCGAUCUGGAGAACUCCAACACUGGACUGUCCUCAUGAAGGACCCUGAACCAUGACUGUAGAGUUAGUGAGCUCUGAUCCUGGGUCGACGGGGCGUUGGCAGCAGAGGUUAAAAUCUCUCCAGUUCUCAUGCUGUCACACUUUUCAGCCUCCUGGGAAAAACUUCUCCAGGGUGCUGGAAGGAGGAUCCAGCAGACGCCCCUCCAGAUUCUGGAUGGGGCAUUGGAGUUCUCCCGUCCAGUCCCCAUGUGUGGACUUGGAGAAGGCUUAUGAUUAUAGCUCCUGGGGUCUUGUAGGGGGGCGACACAGUGGUGUAGUGGUUAACACUGUCGCCUCACAGCAAGAAGGUCCUGGGUUUGAAUCCGGGUCAGGGUAUUUCUGUGUGGAGUUUGCAUGUUCUCCCUGUGUCUGUGUGGGUUUACUCCGGGUUCUCCUGUUUCCUCCCACAUCCCAAAAACUUGCAGUAGUGCAGUUAGGUUAACUGGCCACUCUCAAAUUACCCGUAGGUGUGAAUGUGAGCGUGGACGGUUGUUCGUCUCUGUAUGUCAGCCCUGAGAUGAACUGGCGACUUGUCCAGGGCGUCCCCUGCUUUCACCUGAAGAUGCUAACGGGAAUAAGUGGUAGAAAAUGGAUGGAAGGGUCUUGUAGGGUGUCCCUGCAGGAAUAUAGAGUCUGAACUGUGUCCAUGUACUCAGAGGUACAGAGUCAGACAGGUUCUCAGAGCCGUCCUCUCUAAUCCUGUUGAUAACUUUCACUGAAGGAUCUGAAGGUGGUCAUCAUGAGUCUGUGUGUUCAUGGAUCUGUGCUGUCUUCAGUCUCUAUAGACGGGGUCGAGUGGAACGAUGUUAAGUUUUUCCAGCUGGCAGCUCAGUGGCCGACACACGUCAAACACUUCCCUGUGGGGAUCUUCAGCUACAACAAACCCUGACCUUUGACCUGAAGGAGGAACGGAAACAAACUCUCUCUGCCUUUUUUCACUCACGUCCUGUUUCUACCAUGUACUGUAAGUUACUCUGAAUUAUUUAUAUGACUCACCCUGCUGAUAUUAAUGACUGUGAAUAUUUUAUUGUCUGAAGUUAUGAUGAUAAUGAUCAUUUUAAUACUCUCUCUCUAAGUCUGUUUCAUUGAUGUAGACCUGCUGCUGCUGUUGCCAUAGCAACAAUCCUGUAAGAUGUUCCCUGUAAGGUGACCAGAUGUGAACCGACUCUAAACUGUUGCUGCGUGUUCACAGAUUGACAGAUUUGGGGGGAUUACAUGAAGGUAAAAUCAAGAAACUACAAAAGUGAAAACAUGAAUUUACAGAUUUAAACACGAACACAACUUUGAAUGAAUUAUCAGAAAGACAGAAAACAUCUGAACUGGAGCUCAAGACUCGUGUGUUGGUCCUCAAACCAGACUGAAGCAGUUGAAAAAGCUGAUAUAAACAUGCCAGACCAGUAGGUGGCGAUAGUGUACUAUCAGUCUGUCAUGUCUGACACCUCAGAGGAACACAGUGUGUGUAUGAAGCGUCUUAUUGGACAGUAAAAAGUGUUCUUGUGUAAAAGUUUUGUCGUGAUUUUGAAGGUGUAAGCCAACAGUAAAAACAACAAUAACCUGCUGUCUGUGUUUUUAUAACACAGUUAAACCACUGCCACGCACAAGCAGAGGUCAGAGUUCAUUCUUCAGAGUCUCAGUAGCUGCUGCUGCUGUCUUCAGUUUUCUAUCAUGUCUGCAGACGUGUGGACGAGGCGUUAGUGGACGAGGCGUUAGUGGACGAGGCGUUAGUGGACUCUCUCUGAUCCAUCUGGGGUUGUUUCACAGACGUCUGUUUACCUGCUGCAGGAUGAACUCAUCCUGUGUAGACAGACAUAUUUUUGUCACCUGGUCUCUAAAAUCUGAAGAAAAGAGCAGCUUAAAGAAAACCCGACAUUUCCAAGACCAAGUCUGUCGACCGUGUCGUAUCGAGGACUCUGAGACACAGACCAACUCUCCUCCAGCUGCAGGGUCUGCCUACAGACGUGAACUCUCUUGUGUUUAAUGUAGUUUGUGUUUGCUGCUCACUGCUGCACAUCACUCUGCUCUAACCCUUUAUGCACAGUGACCAGUUUGGUAAAAUGUGUGUAAAACUUAUUGGAUGUUGGAAUCAAUAAACAAAACCUGAUAAAACGAAGAUCCGCUCUGUUUUCUGUCUUGGUGUAAAAUAUAAAAACCCGUCAUCGUUUUUUCGUCGUCGUCUUCAUCCUGGUCCGGGUCACGGGGGCAGCAGCUUCAGGAGGGAAGCCCAGACGGCGAGAGAUCUAAUCCCUCCACCUGGUCCUGGGCCGACCAUGAGGUCUCCUCCCGGUGGGACAUGUCUGGAACACCUCUAACGGGAGGCGUCCAGAAGGCGUCCUAACCAGAUGAGCAGCGGUUCUCCUCUGAGCUCCUCCCGAGUGUCCGAGCUCCUUACCCUAUCUCUAAGGCUGAGCCCGGACACCCUGAGGAGGAAACCCAUUUCAGCCGCUUGUAUCUGCGAUCUUGUUCUUUCGGUCAUUACCCAAAGUUCAUGACCAUAGGUGAGGAUCGGCACGUAGAUCGACCGGUAAAUCCAGAGUCUCUCCUUACGGCUCAGCUCUUUCUUCACCACCACUGAUCGGUUAAACGUCCGCAUCACUGCUGACGCCGCUCUGAUCCGCCUGUCGAUCUCCCGCUCCAUCCUACCCUCACUCCUGAACAAGAUCCUGAGAUACUUGAACUCCUCCACCUGAGACAGGACCGCCCCUCCGACCUGGAGAAGGUGAUCUACCUUUUUCCAACGGAGGGUAUACAACCUCAGCUCCAGAAAAGUUAAUAUGCUGCAUCAAACACACCGUGCAGCAGAGAAUUUAUGAUUAUUCAUGGAAAUGCAAUCAGACCCAAAGGCAGAGAAACUACCACGUCUGCAGAGCACAUAUAUGAGAUACACAAGAACUCUGAUUACAUUUCCAUGAAGGAAUGAUCAUAAAUGUUCCUCCUUGAGCUGCGAAACUCCCCCACAAACAAGCGGCUGCUGGAAGAGAGUAGGUGAGUUGUGUUUAGUCUCUUUGCUAAAGAAAUGAGUCAAAGUUAAAAAGAUGUUUGGUGUCUAGUACUAUGUCUGUGACCCUAUAUGUCCUGUUGAUGAAGUUAGGUGCUGUUCUGAGCAUUAUUUGUGGCUAUAGAGUGGCGUUUUGGUUGGGGGCGUGGCUCUCUGUAUUUCUAUCCUGCGGUCGUUACUAAAGUUGGUAUAACUAGAGAAGGAAGUGGUCGACAACAUUCAUCUCUGGAGGGGGGGUCUAACUCGGUGUUACGGUGGGUUUGACCCUAAAUUAAUUUAACGACAGAAUAUCCCUUUAAUGUUGAACAAUAUCUUCAAGUUAAGGAGCGACAAGAACUUUCAGGGAAGACCUUCAAAUUUCAAACCACAUUGUACAACAGCAUGGCUCUGUAGGAGAAGAGUCCUGCUGAGAAACUGGACUGAUGCGGUCCUGACUUGUAGGAAACAUUUGGAGCAUCAUGACACCAAAAAUAGGACCAAGGAGACCCUGAACUCUCAAAAUCCUCAAGAAACUGGUCUCCUGGUUUUUUAAUUAAAUGUAACUUUGAUAAUUGGUUGUAGUUUUAACAUCUUCAGAUGGAAACCGAUCGAUCAGAGAGGAGGGAUGUUCGAACAAACAGUCUGACACACUUCACUCAUGGACUUUAAUAUUUAGAGAAGAGACGCUGCUUCCUGUUUCCAUCAAAAUGACAUCAUUCCACAUUGUCCAAAGAGCCAAUCAGAUCACAGAGCAUCACGGCGGGUGUCUCUUCUUCCCAGUGUCCUCUAAGGUUGUGCGCUCACACACACACUGACACACAGACAUACACAGUAUAGAUGCUCUGCUGCAGCAGAGUCCAGGACUGAGUUCAGAGUCUUUGAGUUCAUGGUCUCAGAACAGCAAAGACCUUCAGUGGGUUAAAACACUAAAUAAACGAUAUUUCAAACGAAGUGCAGAUACUCAUUCAGGUGAAACUCCUGCUCCGUUCAGGGUUCAGAGGUCACGGUCCUCCUCCUGAAUGUUCGCUGACAAAGUUACAAAGGUAAAGGUACACCUGAAGGAACUGUGGUGGAUGUCCGUAAAUGACCGGGAGGUCUGAGAGGAUGAAGAGGGUCCAGUCUUGAGGUCACCCAACAGCCAGACAAGAUGCCAGAGUUUCAAAAAUGUUCCCGGUAAAUCUUUCGAGGUUUUUCAUGACGGUAAAGACGACAUGGAUCUACCAGAAACCCGUUAGAAGUGAAUCAGAGAUCCUGUGAAGUUAAUGAACCACCCAAACCCAAAACAGCUGAUCGGUGAACCGAUCCGAUGAUCCAAACACUGUUGAGUCUGUCUCACAGCUGUAACAGGUCCACCGUACAGGAACCUUCAGAGAUGAGAACUUUUAUUGUACAUCAUGUCCAGAAACUCGACUCCCAGACCUCGACAGAACGUUCGAUACCUGGAAAACUGAAGCUGGAAUCUUUUGAAGUCUGUGGACCACACCUAACUUCUAACAGCUACAGUGAAGUUACCAAUGAGACUGUUGACAGAAAAAUACUUCAGUCUGUUGGAAGUGAACGACUCAUGAGACCAUGAACUGCUGCUAACCAAACUUUGAACUACUACAUUGACCUCAUGAUGGGACCCUUUUAGUUCUCUGAAGAUCUCGGAGCAGGAACACACCUCUGCUGAUGAUGGUGUCCUCUGCACCAACGCUUCUUCUGAUACAACAGCAGUUCAAGACCUACAGGCGCCGACCUUCUUAUAUCCUGUUUAAUUUGGAUGUUUUAAAAUCCUGAAAAGUUGACUUUGAACAGCCGGGUCAUCUUAGUCUCUGAUGGUAAACCCACUAAAAUGUGAUCCUGAGCUGAUACCUGGGUAUCUGGGUCAACAACAAAGUUUAUUUAAUGCAAACAUCACUAAUCUAGUUCAAAAGCUCAAAGUUCAGGCUCGUCGUUUGUCCUCAGAAAUAAAUCCUACUUUACUUUCAGAGCUGAUAAACUUCCAUCUUUGUUUGGAGUUAUUUCUUAUCCCCGACUCACCGCUGUAAUCUUCAGGGUUCGGAGGGUUGGACUGUGUCAGUGACUCCCAGACAACAACACUAGUAUAAUUUUAUUCUUAAACCAACUCCAGUCAAACUACCAUCCUGCACAGGUCUGGGGAAAACGACCUUCUCCUAUAACACUCCUAUCACGCUCUUAUUUUGUUGGGUUCCAUUUCCUGUGUGGGCUGUUUGCUGUUUCCUUUUUCCCUCACAGCUCUGAGGUCGAUCACUCUCACCUGCAGCUGCUCUGUGAUAAAGUCGGCUGUAAGACUGUCGACACUCGCCUCAGCGCCAAAGUGUUGUCACUCCCUGCAGUGGACCUACGGCCGUCUUCAGAGCUCUCUAGUUAUUCUGGUGGAGGUCUGAAGAUGUUUGGUGCUCCUGUUUUUUAAUGACCCUUGUUUUUCUUUACUUCUUUUCCGGUGCCUCACUCCUCGCCUCACUCCUCGCCUCACUCCUCCCCACUAACCCAGCUCUCUCUCCAGGAAAUCACCCUCACAGCCUUUCACACCCCCCUGGAUCGUCUCACGGCUCUUGGACCUUGGAUACCUCCCUUCUUUGCACAAUUUCUCAAAAUAAAAUCUGUUAAAAGUUUCAACGAUAUGGUUUUGCAUUCUGGGUUCCGACCACAGACUGUAUAAACUAUGGACAACUUGGCUCCGCCUCCCGCCUGUUUAUGGAUUUGAAGCUAAAAAGUUCUCGGCGUUUCCGGGAUUUUUCUCCACUUCCUGAAACCAGCGCUGCGCAGGAGCGUUGUCUGACAGUAACUACAUGUCAACAUCACAACCAGGGGGGAGAAACAUUUAUAUUCUGAGUCAUUCAUUUAUAAAGUUUGUCCACAGCUCCAUAAGGAGGCGGGGUUUAUGACCUAUACUGCAGCCCGUCACCAGAGGGCGCUGUUCUCACAGAGAGGAGGCAGAUUCUGUCCAUUCUACAUACAGUCUAUGGUUCCAACACAUCAACUCACCACAUGAAAAGGAUUCAGAGACAUUUUCCCUGAACACAUUUAAGGAAAACCAGAGACCUGGUGACCGACGCUCAGGUUGUGACCUGGAGUAACUUUGUUCGGACUGUUUCCUUGACCCGGUCUCUCUUUGAAAAGAGAUGUUUGUUCUCCAUGGAUCUUCCUGGUUAAACAUUUUAGAAGAAUAUUUAUAACCUCUUCUGAACCCUUAAAAACCUCCUUCAGACCCCAAAAACGACAGGAAGUAAAACAUUGAAACCUUACAGAGAUAUUUCAGUGUUUUUGAAGUGACGUUGUAUGAGUUACAUGUCAUGACUCCAUGUGUCGGCCACAGUAGAUGUUGGUUCGUUCAGCCCUUCACAGAGAAACGGUCGACUGAGAGACUUGAUCCAAGAACUUCUUUUGUGUCCAAGUGUACUACGCUCCACAGAGAAGAAAAUCCAUUCGCAGUAUCUGCAGAUGCAAACCAACCUGCACAUCCACCGGCCAGCGUACUGGAAGACCGACUGGUGGCAUGUAACUCAUACUGAAACAUGUGUUGAAGGAGGAGAAGAAGGUCCUUUUUUACAGAGAAAACAUUAAAGUUAUUUACAGUUUGUUUGAAUUUUAGGGAAAUUAGAAAUACCAUUAAAAACCCAAGACUGUUAUUCAUGCUUACGGACCUUUCAGCACAUUAAAAAUCAGUUGGAACACAAAGAUUUCACAAACCCAACAGAGUCCCCCAGAACUUCAUCCACUGGUCUGAUCUUCUAGACCUCCUCCAAACCUUUAGACAGGAACAGAAAUUGAAGAAACCCGCCAGAUGAGACAGGAACCUUCUGGAACCUUGAGAAAUCCGUCAGAACUGUUUAAAAACCCUGUAGGAACCUUUACGGACCCACUGAACUAAGGCUGGGACCCACUAGAACGAGAUCUUUUAGAAGCCCGGUAUGUGGCAGUAGGCCUCCAGUGAGGAGAACACAAUGUACAUCAACCACAGGGUGAAGAACAGGCAUGUGGUGAGGAUUUUAGGGAUUCUGGGUCCACCCAGCUCUCCGCCAAUCUCUGGCCUGCGGCGGUAGAUCAGGACGGCGAUGCAGAUGAAGGCAAAGAUGGUGAAGAGUGUGACGGAGAAGGCCAGUGUGCCCGGAUCCACCUUGAACUGCUGUCCUUUGGACCAGUGGUAGAUGGCUGCGAUGGACCAGGCCACGCCAAUACCCAGAAAGACAUUC